AUGGGCCUCCACAAUGUACAGGGGGAAAGUCUUCAGCGCAUGAUUGCCGUUCUUGGCGCGGUCGCGUUUCUUGUGCAAGGAUAUAAUCAGUCGGUUAUGAAUGGCUUCACUACUCUGCCUAGCUUUUUGGCUGCCAUUCCCCAAGUUGACACUGUCCACACCACAGGCGCUCAGGCGUCCCAUAAUUCCACGAUCCUAGGACUUGUGGUGGCUAUCUUUGAAUUGGGUUCUGCAAUAGGUGCCCUUUCCUGCCUGGCUAUUGGUGAUAGACUUGGUCGUCCCAAGACGAUGCUGGUAGCCGGAUCUAUCUGCACGAUUGGUGUGGUGAUUCAAGCAUCCACUUAUUCCCUUGCGCAGAUUCUAGUCGGCAGAAUCGUCACUGGUGUUGGAAUCGGUCUCUACACCGGAACUGUUCCGAUGUACGUGAGUGAGUCGUCCAGUGCCCCAAAGCGAGGACAGCUAGUAUUGGUAGAAGGUGUCUUCGCGCUGAGUGGUCUGGCCAUCGCAUCAUGGGUCAACUUCGGCAUGUUCUACACCACAGGCUCAGUCAGCUGGAGAUUUCCCAUCGCUCUUCAGUUGGUCUUCAUUGCCAUUAUUCUUUCACUCACCCCAUGGCUUCCGGAAUCCCCUCGAUACCUAGUCAAAAAGGGAAGAAUAGAAGAAGCGAACGCCAUCAUGGCAAGAUUGAUGGGCCUCGCCGAGGAUGACACUGAGGUGUCCAAGGAGAUCGCUGUUAUUCAAGCCGCGCUUGCAAGAGAUGCCGGACAUCAUGAGAAGCACUCCAGCAAUCCUUUCUCAAUGAACGAGAACAGACAUCUUCACCGACUAUUAAUUGCCGCCAGCGGAACCAUGAUCACUCAGAUGACAGGUAUCAAUGUGAUCGCGGGUUAUUCUACAUCCAUCUUCGAGGAGACUCUUGGUUACUCAGGCAGCGACUCCCGAAUCUUCUCCGCAUGUCUACAAAUGGCUUUGGCGCUAGGCGCAUUGACCGCGAUUUUCCUCGUCGAUCGAGUCGGCCGUCGUCCGUUGAUGAUUUUCUCCACGGGCUCCAUGCUUAUAGCCCAAGCUGCCGUUGCAGGCUUGACAUCUGACCUGUCAAAACCGGCCAACGGCAAAGCGGCUGUGUUCUUCUACUUUUUCGCCAUGUACUUCCUCCCCAUUGGCAUGUUCAUUAUGCCGUUCAUGUAUGCGUCGGAAAUUGCCCCUCUGUCGAUCCGUCAUAUCGCUGCGGCUGCAACGGCUGUGUCUAGCUGGCUCUUCAAUUUCAUGGUUGCUGAAGUCACACCGGUUGCGCGUGAGAACAUUGGUUGGAAGUACGAUAUUGUAUAUGCUGCGACUAGUGCGGCCGGCUGUGUUCUCAUCUACCUGUUCUAUCCUGAGACCAGAGGUCGGUCACUGGAGGAGAUCGAUGAGAUCUUCCGUCAAUCCAAGUCUAUUUGGGAUCCAGUUCGCGUGGCAAAGAAGCUACCUAUCGGUCUUGAUGUGCUGGAAACCAUUGACCCUUCUACGAAUGAAGCUUCGCCACGUAUGGAGGUCGCGUGA